UCUUUAACAUAUUUUAAAGUAAAAUGCCAAUCACUAAGAAAAGCAAAAUGCUGACAAGAUCAAGAAGUAAAGGCAAAGAACCCAAGAAAUCUCUACAGAAAGAAAUAACAAUAAAAAUCCAGUCAAAAUCCAAGCCAAAGCCCAAACAAAAACCCAAAACCAAGACCAAGUCCAAGUCCAAACCCAAACCCACCUCCAAGCCAAAUCCCCCCUCCAAGGCAAACCCUCAUCCUAAGCCAACCCCCAAACCCAAGCCAAAGUCCAAACGAGCAGCCCUUUCAUCCGAAGACGCUAAGAAGAGGAAACAAAGAAUUGACCUAUGAAGAAAAAGACGUAAAGAGAAUGAAGAUAAGAAACUAGAUGACCUGUUUGACUCCAAGAUUAGGCAACUUACAUCGACUCAUAGUCAUAAUACAAGGGUGAAGCAGAGAUUGGGCAUGAUAGAGGAUGGUCAGAAUAAGAAGAGAGAGCAGAAGGCCAAGGGGAAGAAAGAGCAAAUUAAAGAGGAGGAAGAUUGAAGAGAGUCAUUCUGUCAGAAGAGUGUAGAGGAGAUCGAUGAUAUGAAUCAGAAAAAAAUCGGUUUCUGGGUGACUGGACCAAUAAGAGAAACACCCACACCAAAUUCCUCAUCAGAAACCCCAUUUUUCACUUACUCCCAAACCCAAGACUACCAACCCCACCAACCCCACCCUAACAAAACCUUCAAAACCACUUCCACCCAAACCCCUCCUCCCCUUACCACCCCACCUAUCUCUCCCAACCCUCAACCACACCUCUCCUUCCCCCAGAUUCCUCCAAAGCCACUUUGCCAAACUCCCCAAAAAGUUAAUAUAAAGCCCUUCGUCCAUAUCACAAGCAGGACAGUCCAAGCCUAGCCUGAAGAGAGGCUUUAUCAGAGGAGGGAGCAGAAAAGAGUAAU